AUGAGUGUUACCGAAGAAGAGUUACGUGGCAAACCUGUCUGCUUGAUUAUAUUGGGUAUGGCUGGUUCAGGCAAAACCACUUUUGUCAAUAAACUGACGGAGUAUUUAACAACAACAUCGAAUUUACCGUAUACAAUUAAUUUAGAUCCAGCUGUUCAUCAUAUCCCUUAUAGUCCUAAUAUUGAUAUUCGUGAUACUGUGAAAUUUAAAGAAGUUAUGAAACAAUACGGUUAUGGUCCAAAUGGUGCUAUUAUGACAUCAUUGAAUUUUUUCGCUUCCCAGUUUCAUAAAGUUGUGGAUCUAAUUAAUAAUCAUAAGAAUAGUAAUUCAAGCAAAGUCUCCUAUGCUGUCAUCGAUACACCUGGACAAAUUGAAGUAUUCACAUGGUCUGCUUCAGGAGCAAUUAUUACAGAAUUACUAGGUAAUUCUUUUCCUACAAUCAUUAUCUAUGUAAUGGAUACACCAAGAAGUCAUAAUCCUAUUACAUUCAUGUCAAAUAUGCUUUAUGCAUGUAGUGUUCUAUAUAAAAUGCGUCUUCCGUUUAUACUGGUCCUUAACAAGACUGAUGUUAUCGACUGUGAUUUUGCUAUUGAAUGGAUGCGAGAUUUUGAAGCCUUUCAAGACGCUUUAGCUGGUCAUAAUAAUCAAUCAGAGGAUGGACGACCAUCGGAAUUAUUAGCUGAAGGCGAUGGUUCAUCAUUUCAUAAUCCUGGAGUAUCACCAUAUAUGAAUAGUCUAGUUCAUUCCAUGUCACUAGUACUGGAUGAAUUUUAUCGAGAUCUACGCUGUUGUGGCAUUUCUUCAAUAACAGGUGAAGGUAUGGCAAAGUUUAUGGAGAAAAUUAAUGAAGCCACGGAAGAAUAUUUUAAGUCAGUCACUCAUUUAUUCAAUCAAUCAAUAAUGAGUGUUACAGAAGAAGAGUUACGUGGCAAACCUGUCUGCUUGAUUAUAUUGGGUAUGGCUGGUUCAGGCAAGACAACAUUUGUCAAUAAGCUGACGGAGUAUUUAACAACAACAUCGAAUUUACCGUAUACAAUUAAUUUAGAUCCAGCUGUUCAUCAUAUCCCUUAUAGUCCUAAUAUUGAUAUUCGUGAUACUGUCAAAUUUAAAGAAGUUAUGAAACAAUACGGUUACGGUCCAAAUGGUGCUAUUAUGACAUCGUUGAAUUUUUUCGCUUCACAAUUUCAUAAAGUUGUGGAUCUAAUUAAUAAUCAUAAGAGUAGUAAUUCAAGUAAAGUCUCCUAUGCUGUCAUCGAUACACCUGGACAAAUUGAAGUAUUCACAUGGUCUGCUUCAGGAGCAAUUAUUACAGAAUUACUAGGUAAUUCUUUUCCUACAAUAAUUAUCUAUGUAAUGGAUACACCAAGAAGUCAUAAUCCUAUUACAUUCAUGUCAAAUAUGCUUUAUGCAUGUAGUGUUCUAUAUAAAAUGCGUCUUCCGUUUAUACUGGUCCUUAACAAGACUGAUGUUAUCGACUGUGAUUUUGCUAUUGAAUGGAUGCGAGAUUUUGAAGCCUUUCAAGACGCUUUAGCUGGUCAUAAUAAUCAAUCAGAGGAUGGACGACCAUCAGAAUUAUUAGCUGAAGGCGAUGGUGCAUCAUUUCAUAAUCCUGGAGUAUCACCAUACAUGAAUAGUCUAGUUCAUUCCAUGUCAUUAGUACUGGAUGAAUUUUAUCGAGAUCUACGCUGUUGUGGGAUCUCUUCAAUAACAGGUGAAGGUAUGGCAAAGUUUAUGGAGAAAAUUAAUGAAGCUACGGAAGAAUAUUUUAAGAUCAAUCUUCCGAGUAUAUUGGCCAAACAAGAGAAGUGUAAACAACAAAUGAAAGAAGGUCAAUCAAGUGGCAAUAAGAAGUUUAAAACCGUGAAGCAUACACCGAUGCUUUUAGAUAUCGCUGGUAAUGAUGAUGACGCAGAUAGAGAUCCACUUCCUGAUGUUGAUGGAGUUGAACUACGUCCACAGAAUGAUGAUGAUUCAGAUGAUGUGGAUGAGGAUGAUGACGACGCGGAUGGCGAUGGAAAUGAAUUGAAAGAUGUCACUUCUAUACGUAAUAAAUUUAAACAGUCAUGUUCCGUUGAACCGGUAGCUCCGAAAAACAACUCUGACAGUUGAUGAAGACCUUUCUCCCUAUAUAUGCAUAUUUUUUGUUUCUGUAACGGUUAUUUUGUACAAAAAUAUACAGAUUUUCUAAUGCA